UGUGCAUCUGUUCUCUCCUCAGGACCUCCAACCAUCUCCAGCACACAGACCCAUCAGGCUCCACACGGGGAGAAGGGACAGAUCAAAUGUUUCAUCCGCAGCACGCCACCCCCAGACCGCAUCGCCUGGUCCUGGAAGGAGACUGUCCUGGAGUCAGGGACAUCAGGUCGCUACACAGUGGAGACAGUAAGCACAGAGGACGGAGUGCUGUCCACCCUCACCAUGAGCAACAUCGUACCCGCCGACUUCCAGACCAUCUACAACUGCACCGCCUGGAACAGCUUUGGCUCCGAUACAGAGAUCAUUCGCCUCAAGGAACAAGGUGGGAGCCAAGGUUCUCUCCCUGUUGCUGUGAUCAUCGGCGUGGCAGUUGGCGCUUUCGUUGCUUUCAUCGUCCUCAUGGGAACCAUCGGCGCGUUCUGCUGUACGCGCUCUCAGAGAAAGAAAACAGCUCAUCCAUGUACAGAAGACGCUCACCUGGUCAUGCCUACACUGCCCACCUCCAUCUGUGCUCAGCAGAGAGAACUUGCAAGCAAAAUUAAGACAGAAAACCUCAAAGGAGUGGUAUCAGCCAAGAACGACAUUCGAGUGGAAAUCGUACACAAAGAUCACAACGCAGCCCGAGAAAACGAGGAUCACUCCGCCAUGAAACAGCUCAUGAUUGAACAGGGAGAGUUUCAGCAGGAGUCCGUUCUGAAGCAACUUGAAGUACUUCAGGAAGAGGAGAAGGAGUAUCAGCACAUCAAGGACCCAACAAAUGGAUACUACAGCGUGAACACCUUUAAGGAGCAUCAUGGCACCCCAACCACGCUGGCCGGAAACCAGACUGCAGAGCUCCGCCGAGACCCUGCCACAGCCACCACCGGCAAGCAGCGGGUUCCCACUGGAAUGUCUUUCACCAACAUCUACUCUACAUUGGGUGCCGGACCCAACCGUCUGUAUGACUACAGCCAGCGGUUCGUGCUGGGCAUGGGCAGCAGUUCCAUCGAGCUUUGCGAGCGAGAAUUCCAGCGAGGAUCGUUGAGCGAUUCCAGCUCUUUCCUGGACACACAGUGCGACAGCAGCGUCAGCAGUUACAGCAAGCAGGACGGCUACGUGCAGUUCGACAAAGACAGCAAGGCUUCAGCCUCCUCCUCGUCCCAUUACUCUCAGUCAUCAUCCCAGAACUCAGACCUCACGCGGCCACUGCAGAAACGCAUGCAGACCCAUGUCUGACUGCAGGAGAUGGACAGAAGACAGAGGAAUCCAGUGCUAGGAUUGGCCAAAGGGGAUUGAACCCCCCCCCCCCCCCCCACCCCCCAGAUGAGAAUCAGGAACCACUUCAAGCACAUAUAGCACGCCAGUUUCAUUUUAUCCUCCACUUCUGUUGCUUUUAAGAUUUCUUUGAUAUAUGUGGAUUUCCUCAAUUGUCCAGAUCUUAUUUACAGCUCUGAAAAGCCUUACCGGUUUCAGAACCUUGUCUUGGUCCUUCCAAAUGCUCUAAAAAUCUGGGCCAAAAACAGUGUGCCACAGUGAUGUUACUUGCCAACGUAAAAGGAACCUCUGAAUAGAACUAGUGUCCUUGUUGUAGUGACUUUGAAAUGGCUCGGAAUGUCCUCCUCAAAGAAAGCAUAGCAGCAUUGCUCAAAUGAACUCUUUGAAGACAGUUGAUGAAGGCUACACUUCAUAACUCUGUAGUCCAUUCACUCCUCUGCACCACUAGAGAACAAUGCUCUGUUGCUCUUGUACAUUAAAGCACAACUGUUAAAGUUGUAUGUAAGACUUCUCAAUGCCUCUACCACAGCUAGCUAAACAAAUUAUAUAUAUAUAUAUAAUUUGGACAAAAAAUGUAUGAACUGAAUUAACAACUAAUGUCUGUCAGAAUCUUUGGAUUCUGGCCCUUCUGACAAAGGUUUGUCUGACAUACAAAUGUGAGAUGUGGCUCUGAGCUGUCGGUUUACCAUGCAGAGAUGGGAUAUAUUUGUGUACUUUGUUGUUCUUUCUUUCUGAAAAUUCUUUAUUUUUAGUGUUUUAACAACAUGGUUUUAAAAUUAAUUGGACUCGCACUGGGAUCUAGGAGAAUGAUGUAAUCUGCUUGCCUUGAGUAAGACUAUUUAAGGCGUGUAGACAUUUGUGGUUGUAAGAGGGAUUUUCACUUUUUUUAAAAAACUCUUAUUUCCAAAAAGGGUUGAUUUGGGUUGGUGUGAAUAAUGCACCAAUGGUCGGAAACAAUGAUGUGUUUGAAUUUUAAAAAUACACUCGUCCUGUUGUGAGAAGUCAAAUUUUGACACACAAAAAAAAAUCUUCCUUUUGAUUCAUAAAAAAAAAACAUCUGUGCUUGUUACACAUGUUCUAGAGAUCUUUUCAAGCUGCUUGUUUCUUGCAGAGCACACAUUUUGUUAACAGUGAAAACACUGUAAAUCACGAUCCGAGUAGUUCGCUUUUUGCUCCAGAUUGAAUCUGUCUACUGUUCAUGUGGUUGGCGUUGGACUGUAGAGCAUUGAGUACUCUCACUGUUAUAAGUGAGUAAUUUGUGUACAUGUUUUUUGAAUGGAGUGUGGGCAUUCAUGCUUAAUGUAAAUGUAUGUUGUUUUAUUUUCCUUUUUUUUUUCAAUGUUUUAGUCUACAGAACUGAAAUUGCAAUUCAUGACACUACUGAUAACUCAAGCACUUCUAGACUCGACACUUGUAAAGUAAAACCACUCUUCGACCUGAAUCAGUGUGCUGGAAUCAAGCUAACAACAAUCAAGCUUCGUAUGACAUGUAGAAAGACACAAAAUACACAAAAGCCAGUGCCGUGGUGUAUGAAAAGCUGGAAACUAGAGACCAAAUAUAGUGACAAAACCUUUGGCAAGAAUAGCUCAAGACAGACAUAUUUCCAGCUGUUCUGAAACUAUAACUCUUCCAGGACUCUUCGCAAGAGACUUUAGCUUAAGCCACAGUUCCAAUGGUGCUGGCCCACGUGCUUUGCCAAAAGAAUUGGGAAAUCAUCUGCUCUAUUUCCCAAUUCAUUCUGCGUUUAGGUUAUCACUAUCCUGAGGAGAAAUAGUCAGACUGCCAAAAAAAAAAAAAAAGUCUCAAUUAUAGCAACAUGUUUCUAGUGCUAGACUAGAGUACAGCCAUUAUCUAUGUGUUGUUACAUUUAAGUGGCAUAAUCGUAUAAAAUUGCCACUGACCCCUUAUAACAAGGUUCAGGCUCAUCCCAGUACGAGUACAAACUCUGCUUGCAUCCGGUGAUACCGACACCCUUUUUCACUUCCAAAGUUUACCCGGGUUAGAUGACACUCUGAACCUACAUUUAAUUGACUAACCCCUCCAGUCCUGCCCUGUUACUGCACAAACAGACAGGGUGUGAAAGCUAUCAGUGUAUUUUGCUUAUCAAAGCUUCCAAAACUUCACUCCUCUUUUAUCUCCUCUUCAAGUCAUCACCCAUUCUUCCUUGCUCAUAAAGAUAAAUAUGACCAGACGCGAUCCCUUAAAUAAACAAGGGGGAGGAGCUGUGGCAUCUCCCACUUGAACCGCAAAGAUCUUGGUUUUAACCCAGAGGAAGAUGUGUGAUUUGUACCGACCUGACAAUCCCUCCCUUUAACCCGAAAACAAGAAACACUGCAAGGUGUGACACCGCUGAGUCAGUCGGCUCUGUAAGCACUUUACGUAUGAUUAUAUUUGUGGCAUUUCAAUGGGUUUCAUACAUGAGUGCUGUUGGAUGAGUCUAAUUUUACAAAUGGAUUGGUGCCCAUUGUGGGGCUUAAACACGAAAAGGCCUGUUUCAGUGCUGAUAAUGCAGCUCAGUCCUCACUACACUGUAUAUAAAUCCCUCAUGCUCUCUGUGUAAAUUUGCAGUUAUUUUGCUUUGUUCUUUAGUCAGUUUGAUUCAUAAAGUGCAGAAAGCAAACUGCACCAUUGAUGCUGUACAAACGAUCACUUUAUAUUUGAUAUUUUUUUUCCUCUUUCAGCAUAGCCAAUGCUAUAGCCAUAGGCAGAGAAGUGUUUCAAAUUAAAUGUCCAUAUGUUUCUUACAGUACCUUGGCCUGUCAUUCUGUAUUCCAACACACAGCAAUCCAGCUCGCAGCGUGCACUGAAUAUAGAUCCGGGGUUUCUACACCUUUUGACCAUUUUGUGAUUACUGGAGAAAUCAUUUUACUGAGACUGACCAGAAAAGGCUAUUUGCGAGGGAGAAGAAAUACCUUAAAGCCGAGCAUAACAAGAAAUAGGCUCAAUAUUGAAGAUAUUUGUGGGUGCCCUGUAAAUAUGGAAAAUGCCAAAUCAUAAUUCUCAUUUCAUAGUAUUAUCAGUUUUAAAUGCAGGAGCCGAAGUGUGAAUACUUUAUCCUGCACUGUAGUUUAAUAAGGAGAGACAACAUGUAAGGAGAGACAACAAGUAAGCCAUUUGUAAACCAUAAAAAGAAAAAAAAAAGAAAAAAUUCUCUGUUUGUUUGAAAAUCCACACAUAGCAACAAUGGCUCAACCAAUGGCAUUCGAUUGAGGGCGUGGCUUCCUGUUAGUUUGUGUAAUAAUAGAUUAGGGAAAAAUGAGAAUUCAUUUUUGCAAUUCUGUUUGGUGAUGCUGGUUGCACAAAAAAAUAUACACUUUUGCUUUAAAUUGCACACGAAGUCCGGAAUUUUUGCAUGUUAAAAAAAAUAUAUACAUUGUGUCAAUCACGCUUACACACUGCCUCCAAACCUUUCAUCCGUUAUUAAAAAAAUUGGACCCACUUUAUAUUAAAUGGCCUUAACUACUAUGUACUUACAUUUUAAUUAAUGAUUUAGUACAAUGUACUUAUUGUGUACAUACA